AUGUUCAGGGUCAUUGUCCUGAGCAUCACCCAACUCCUGCAGAGCUUCAGCUGGUGGACAGCCACCCUGACAUUAUCCUCACACAAAAAUUUCCUGGUACAAAUACGCCUGGAACCACUCAAGCCCCAGCAGGUUACAUUAGACUCCACUGUGUCGUUUGUUGCAUCUACAUUGGUCUACAUUCUUAGGGAGAAACCCCAGACCCAAGGCAGCGCUGCACCAGGGGAGCUGAAGGCAGAGGAGGAUGAAGAGCUGAAAGGCCUGCUGAGAUUGCCUGAAGAGGAGACGGAGCUCAAUAACCUAACGGAGAUCAACACAGCCCACAACAAAAGCAUCUCCACCCUAGCCGUCGAGGAGGACGACCUAGACAUCCACGGGCCCAAGAGAAAGGGUAGGAGUUUCGGUUUGUCCUUCAAUGCUGAAGAAGAAAUCAUCAGUGUAGAGGAUGUUGACGCCUCUGUUGGACACUUCAGGAACAUGAAUCAGACAGCAGUUGUUGGUUUCUAUCCAAUUUGUGUACGCAGGUGCCUUGACAAAUCACACACUGAAGCUAGAGUCAAAUAG